CCCUUCAACUUAUCUGACAAAGGUUUGAUGAGAUUCAAGCCACGAAGAAGCCCAAUAUAUAUGCGUAUGCAAGAACAUGAAGAGCAUCGCGACCCCUUUAACUUAUCUGACAAAGGUUUGAAGGAAUUCAAACCAUCACGAAGAAGUCGCAUGAACAUCAAGAGUAGUUUCAAACGCACGUACGAUCCCUUCAACUUAUCCGACAAAGGUUUGAAGAAAUUCAAGCCACGAAGAAGCCCAAUGCAUAUGCAAGAACAUAAAGAGCAGUCCAAACCCCAUUUGCAACCCCUUCAACUUAUCUGACAAAGGUUUGAAGGAAUUCAAACC